UGUAUCAAAGUGUACUGCGCAUCUCUAACAUGCUGUUAAAUUAAAUGUUAUAAUGUUGGCGUCAAAUACUGGGAGCGGUUGAAUACUGGGAGCCAAUUCAAAACGUUGGUAACACUACGAGGAAUAAGUGAAUAAUUUUUGACAUUGUGCAUUGAAGGAAAGUCUUCUUUAAUUGAUAUCGGAAUAUGGGGGAUGCCGUUACUGAACAUCUGCGUCCUCUGGACAACUGCGAGAUAUUUUUUCAACUCCGCAACGCUCUCCAAACAUAUAGCCGAAAUGUUAAAAAUCUAAAGACCUUUGUUUAUUGGAGUGGCAACGAAGAGGCGAUAAAGGAACUUUGCGACAUAUGCAUAGAGAUACUACUGGAGCAUAAGUUAAUAGAAAUCAAAGGAACGAAUGGCGGAUUGAAAAAACAGAUGACUGUUGUACCUAAUGCUGAGGUGCCCGGUUCCAAGGAUCGUUUACGCGGUUUAAUGGUUUACCUAAUUCUGAACAGCUCAAAUGUGUACAAAUGCGAGGAAGAGCAAUUAGGCCAAUGGAAUCCGCAAUGUGUACAUUUGUUAAAACAACUACCUUAUGCCUUACCCCAGUUUUUAACGGUGGCAUUGGUUUCAAGAUGUGGACUAGUCGACGUUUUUGCAGAAUUUCUGUCUUGUGGUCCAAUCUGGCUGACCGGACAGUACUAUGAAUGUUUGAAUACGACUUUAAGCCAUCUAACUAAGGAUCAUUAUGAAUCUUUGAAUUUACUCUGCAUGGCUCUUUUAUCCGCUAGCCGGGCCAUAAGAUGGCAAAAAGAGGAAUCCACUUUACUCUCUUCUCAGUUAAGAAAAUUACUGCAACGUCAUUUAUUGGACAGUGAAGAACGUUUGCGUGUGUUACGACCAACUGGUCGCAAGUUAUACCUUGGACAGGCAAUUACACAAAUAAUGGAGAUACUUAUCAAGACUCUUGAUAUAAAAAAGGAAGAUGAAAAGCAGCUGCCGUCCUUUUUCCCCCUUUACCAAUUACGAUUGAAAAACAAAGUGAUGAGCAUGCAGACUGACCAACAGCUUUCCUCUUCUGUACAAUAUGCACUGAUUCUGUUGGACUUUUUGCAAAACCUUGUACAACUGGUUAGUGUGGAUACAUUUAUUCAUUGGCUGGAACUGCCCUCGAAAAAGCCGCUGUAUAACGUUCAGGAACGCAUUUGUGUUUUAUCCUCUGACCUAUUAAAACUUUUGGUUAAAGAUGAUAAUCUUAAAUUGCACUCCAUAUGUAAGCAACUGCAUUCCUUUGCCCUGACGGCCAAAUCUUUUGAAGAAAAACUCGAAGAGCUUUCACUGGGAAAACUAUUAAGUUUCCUCGAAGGUGAAGAAGGCGAAGCUGGCGAAGAUCAAAUAAUCGCAGGUCUGGAACAACUUUUUCUACGUUCUAUAGCAUUUGGUAAUGACGAGUGUGUGGAGACAAUGGCUAAGCAUAUCAAGGUAAUGAAGUUUACCCAUGCUCAAAGAAUAAUCGAGCAUUUGAGCCAAGUUGCGCAGGCUAAGGAGGUCAUGAAGGGCCUGGAGGUAACAGAUGAACAAGAAACUACUAAAAAAGAACUUAAAGAUGAAAAGGAUGAUGAUGAAGAUUAUCAGCAAGAGUAUUCCUUACUUAUCAGCCAGGUGCUUUUUCCAAUUUUUGAACAAUGCUCUGUUACAGAGCGGAUUCAAAUUCUUAACAUACGUGAUGACUUACAACUCCUACAACAAUUUUCCUUUGAUAUUGGUGACCAUGAAAAUCAACGCAUAUUAUUUUUCAAUCAAUUUUCUCUGAAGCCUCAAAGAUUGCCUAUUGGAGAAUUUCUUCAGCUUUGCUUUGCACAUCCUUUAGAAACAUGGUUAUCUUUAGCUAAAUUAUCCAUGGCCCAUGAAGGUUUUGCCAAAAUUUUUUGGCGAUUAGCGUGCCUGUGCUCUGGUCAUGUUUUUCAUUACAUGAGUUCAAUUUGCACCAAUUUAAUUUUAGAUGAGCGCAUGUUACACAAUCAAAAUUCACAAAAUUUUCUAUUGUCUAUCUACAUAUAUCCUCUUAUUCUUAAUGGUCUAAGAAUAUCGUCUAGGUUGCGAAAGAAUUGCCGCUUUAUUAAGCUACGGCUGAACCUUAAGGGGGUUAAUUAUCCAUACACGCUGGAAAAAUUGAAAUCCUGUCAAUCUGAUUAUCUCGAUGCCUUGGCUCUAAGUCUGGAUAAAUUUUCUGAUUUGAAUACAAGAAAUUAUGCAAUUAUUUGUAAACUUAUGUCAAUAUUAAUGGCCGUCAGUCGUUUGGACGCUCAUCUAAUGGUAACCAGUCGAAACCAAUUAACCAUGUUAAACUCAAAGAAAGUUAAAGAUGAUGUGAAAAUAGCCAAAGAAUACACCAAUAUGCAUAUUCAACUCGCUCAUUGGCGGCGCUCGCAUUGGCCUCUCAUAUCCCAAUUAAUUCAGACAAUGGAUCUUUUGCGGUGGAAUUUGACAUGCUACAAUUCAACCCGCGCGGAUGCACUUAAUCUAGUAGUGCUAUACUGGAAGGAGAGUACAAUGCAUCCGUAUCUAAUGCCUAAGGGCCUCAUUGAUCAAAUCCAAGCAGUGGUGGAUACAAUGCAGCACAAGUCUUUCUGGUUAGUCCAUAAUAUGUUUCAAAUCCAGGACUCUGGAAGUGUUAAAGCAAAUGUCGAGCUUUUAACACAGGCAAGUGCUUCAGAGGCUAAGGUUUUAAUGCAGAAUGCGUUAAUAUGCGGUAAUGAUAAGGCCAUUAUGGCGGAACUGACGUUGGCUGUGCUAAAAAGUGGGCCAGAGAUUCGCCAAUCUGCAUUAAAUGGCUAUAAUUUUAUUUUCAAAUGCUAUAUUAAAGCCUUUCAAGGCAGCCUUCCACAAAAAGCCAAGCCUGGCGUGUGGAUUCGCUGGGUAGAAAAAUUAUUGGAAGUGGUCGUUAAAUCACCUGAAGAAGCCCAAAUUAACAUAUUUCAUCUGGCCCACCCUACUUUAAUCGCACUAUAUCAAAAAUCAUACUUCAAUGUAAAUGUCAAGGAAAAGAUCCUGCAGUAUAUGACGCUAUUACCACAAAACACAAUCACUGCAAAUAUUAUUAGAGAAAUGGAAAACUUGAACAACUUGCCGUAACUUUGCCCAAAAACUUCUCUUAUAAAAACCGCGCAUGUAAGAUAUGUAAAAAGAAAUAAAUUUGCUUAAACUAAAAAAAAU